AAUUAUUACUGGAGAAGGUGUGGAAAAUAACCCACAUAUGCACUCAGAAUGGGUUUAAAAUCACUCGCCAGUGCACGUAAUUUAAAAUCAACCCCUUUUUCCUUAGAGAAAUAUUAUAAAUCCAGUCAGAAAAGGAGCUUUAGUCAACCUGAGGGCUAAUCAGCCAGAAGUGACAACACCUGUGGGGGGUUGUAAGGCCUGCAGUGUUUGGUGCAAAUAUGAUUUAAAGCUGUCUAUCCAGUGGACAUGGUGAAUGUUAUAUAACCGUAAUAUCUGGAUCUGUCUGCAUGUCAGCCCACAAGUGUGAAACAGACAUUGUGGGGGUUUGAGUAGGGAGACGGGGCGACUUAAUAACUCCACAAUAUGCUCACUAUUUCUUACCCAACACCACUGGGGCCGCCACAGAUCAUUACUCGGUGUCUGAGUGGCAAGGAUGUGCCGACGUGCUGCAGAGGGUAAUGUAUCCUUCAACAGAAGCUCUUGUCACUCAUUCACUCUGCUCCCAUUAUUUCACUGUCCUUCAAAGCCAACAAGGUGAACUGAAGCGAACUGCACCAGUUGAACCAGUAAGCGACUCUGUGAUGGGCUUCAAUGAUGCACAGUAAAGAUAUCAGCUUAUCCUGAGCAAAUAAGUGCUGCGUCACAGGAGGACUGCGGGACCCACAAACACCGGUGGUUCCCCUGCAAUGCGAGAGAGCAGCGAUGGGACUGGAAAUAGAGAGAGAGAAGGGGGGCAGAGGGAGGUGAGUGCUGCUGCAGAGCAACGUUUAGCCUGGCUGAGGAGUUAAAUGUUUCACAGCAUCACAUCUGCUUCAUCCAGGCAUUAAUCCUGUUGUCAUAGCCAUGUUCUCCAGGCAGCUUGGACCUCUGAUCUGUGGGAAAAUGUCCUUUGUGGUGUUGAUCCUCACCUCUGCCCUCUCAGUGUCUUCUCUAACCGCUGACACAGAGAAGGGAAGGAGGAAAGUGGUGCAUGUUCUGGAGGACGACACCGGAGCUGUGAUUGUGCAGACAGCUCCCGGUAAGGUGGUGACACAUCGCGGUGGCUCCAUCACUCUGCCCUGCAGAUUCCAUCAUGAGCCUGAGAACACUGAUCCUGCUCGCAUUCGGAUUAAAUGGACCAAAGUGACAGAUGCACUGCAGUUUGAGGACGUCUUUGUGGCGCUCGGAAGGCAGCAGCGGGUGUUUGGAUCAUACCGAGGCCGAGUGUUUUUGGAGCAGGCGGGACCAGGUGACGCCUCAGUCAUCAUCCAGAAUGUCACACUGGAGGACUACGGACGCUACGAGUGUGAGGUCACUAAUGACAUGGAGGAUGAUACAGGAUUUGUCAACCUUGACUUAGAAGGAGUGGUCUUUCCCUACUACCCCCGUGAGGGGCGCUACAAGCUCAACUACCACCAGGCUGAGGACGCCUGCAAACAGCAGGACGCCAUCCUGGCUUCUCAUUCUCAGCUGCACAAAGCCUGGCUGGAAGGACUGGACUGGUGUAAUGCUGGAUGGCUAGAGGACGGCUCGGUCCAGUACCCGAUCUCUCAUCCCAGAGAUCAGUGUGGCCGCAAGGACACCCCGGCUGGUGUCCGUAACUAUGGCUACAGGCACAAAGAGGACGAGCGCUAUGAUGCUUUCUGCUUCACUUCCAAGCUCAAUGGCAAAGUGUACUUCCUCAAACGCUUCAAGAAGGUGAACUAUGCGGAGGCGAUGAAGGCGUGCAUUCGAGAUGGCUCAGUUGUGGCCAAAGUGGGUCAGCUGUACGCAGCAUGGAAGUUUCAGCUACUGGACCGCUGUGAAGCCGGCUGGCUGGAGGACGGCAGCAUCCGGUACCCCAUCGUCAACCCCCGUUCUCGCUGUGGAGGAUCCCAGCCAGGAGUCCGACACCUGGGCUUCCCUGAUAAAAAAUUCCGCCUCUAUGGGGUCUACUGCUUCCGCGAGAACAAGGACGAAACCGCAGGUGGUACCGGGAUGACAAAGCGCCCUGCAGAUGGUCUGACAAGGAGGAAGAGCAGCAACAGCAUCCCUAUGAAUGCCACAAGGGUGAUUUAAAGUGAAAAGACUGAGAACAGGAGGGGGGGAUGCAAUUUUAGAUUUGACUGCAACUGUCGCCUAGCAGCCAGACUCCAUUCAUUGCUUUUAAAGUAAAACACUCGAAGACAAGAUGUACUCAUUUGCAGAUUUGCCAGAGAGAAGAAGCGAGGCUGUGUAAAAUUAAGGGUGACAUCUUUAUUAGGGUGAUUUUCCAUUUCGUCUCCAGUCAGUCAAUCAUCUUAAGGAGCAAGUAAGUGAGUAUGUUAGCACAUCUGUCACCUGAAAACUGAAAGAUUCAACAGCAGUUUGAUCAUUACUCAGGGGCACAUCAGAUCAGAGAGCCUGCCAUGAAUAUUCUUGUUUACAUGUGUGUGUGAAUCAUAUUUUGGCCCCUGUGUGACUCCUGAGCGCUGAGCUGCAGCCUGAGCCAGAAUCCAUGUGCCAGGGUGAAAACAUUCAUUACUGAGUGAGAUGGGAUGAUCUGCCUGGCUGUAUGGAAAAAAUCCAAGAUGCCCUGUAAGUUUGGAUUGUACCAAGUGUAACUGCCUGUAUCUGGGUGCCAUGCCUGGUUAGCAACCCUCUGGCACAACGUGUAUCAUUUUUCUCAUUAACUAAGACCUGGCAAUCUCAUCAUCAGAGCUGAACAGGCAAACUAGCUAAUAUUGCAGUAGCUCUAAAAUAAUAAUUGCACUUUAAAUACAUAGAGCUUUAUUUUAUGGUAGAAUCCUAAGCAAGCAUGUGUCAUUUGGCUGAGAGUAGCUGCUGGGGCUGAAUUAGCAAAACUACAAAGCUACAAUAAUUGCUAGUUACCUCACAUACUGCAUUUAUAAGAUAUCUAAGGAACCAAUUGCACAAUCGUCAAUGUUACAUGCAGAGACCUUUAUUACACAGUAUGUUUGCAAUUACUGAAUAGAUGGAUCUUCUAGAAGAAAAUAAAAAUCUUGAAAUUGUUAAUUUGAAGAAUAAUUGUUUCAGUGCACUUUUUUUUUCAAAACAGAGAGAUCUGUCUUAAUUUGGGUCACAAAUUCAAGGAACUCCAUGCAGGCUCUAUUGUCAGGCUAACAGUUCUGUAAUUUUACGCAAUGUUAGCAUGUACAUAUUAACAUUAGCAUGCUAAAAUACUCAAAGUCAGUGGUAAUCAUUUUCACUCUAAUACUGUUUCCAUGUAUCCAUCUAUCCGUUUUCCUCCACUUAUCUGGGUUUGGGUCACGGAGGUCAAGUGAGGCAUUCCUGAUGGUCGUCUCUACAGCUAAGUUUACCAGCUCCUCCUGGGGGUUCCCCAGGUGUUCCCAGGUCAGAUGAGAUAUGUAAUCCCUCCAGCAAGUUCUGGAUCUACCUCAGGGUGUCCUUCCAAAUACAUGCCUGGAAAGACUCCAAGGGAGGCACACAGGAGGCAUCCUAAUCAGAUGCCUGAACCAACCGAGUUGGCUUCUUUCGAAGCCAAGAAGCAGCAGUCAGAAAUCCACACUCUGUCUCUAAGGCUGAGCCCAGCCACUCUUCGUAUGAAACCCAUUUUAGCCACAUCUCACACUCCAUUUUCCCAUCACUCAUGAACAAAAUUUCGAGAUACUUCAGCUUCUUUGCUUGAGGCAGCAAUUCACCCCCAACCCAGGUGGAAUAAUCCACCUGUUUUCCGGCAGACAACAUGACAACACAAAACAUGGCCUCAAAUUUGAAAGUCUGCAAACCACCACAGUGCGUGCUGAAGGUUACAAACUGAUGAAGCAAAUCAAACCACAUCAUCUGCAAAAAGCAGAGAAGUGAUUCUGAGGGUAUCAAACCAGACACGCUUGAUAUCCUGUCUACUAAUGUCAAUUUGUUUGGAAAGAAGUGGUAACCUCGGCGAUGUCUACCAAGAACAUGUUUGGUAAUACAGAAUACAAACACUCAUAGACUGAUAUUCUUGGCAUUUACCAGCACUAAACACAAAGUACAGCUAUCGGAAACUCUAGUUUUCGAGAUAUUAUUCAUGAAAGAAAGCACUGAACAAAUGCAUUUUUUUGACCUGACGAUGACUCCAGAUUAAAAGUUAAAGGAUCACUGCAAUUAUCAUGGUUUGUUCUGAGAAAAACACAACUGUCUGCACCCAAUUUCAUUUACAUCAAUACAAUAGUUGUCAAGACACUUCACUAAAAAUAACAAGAUGACAUUGUCAUAGUGGUGCUAGAGGCAGGAUCACCAUCUGGGAAACAUGAAUGUAUUGACAAACUUUUGUGCCAGACUAUUUGGUAGAAGUUUUGAUAUUUCUGCGGAGAAGUUUGGUCUGUUGGUGGUGCAAGAAGCUUAACUAUUAAAGUCAGUGCAUGAUGCUGACAGUUUGCUGAAGUUUGGGACAACUGGUCAGGUCUUCUCAUUGUCUUCUUUUAGCUCGACUAUGUUUGAAUCUGCGCCAGUACACCUUGUAAAGCUGUACUUGAGAGAUCUAUGAUAAGUGCUGCAAAAAACCCAUAUAUUUUAUUAAUAAAUA